CUGCUACCUUUAUUAUUAAAAUGAUUUACUGUUUUGGUGUUACCAAUGUUGCAUUGAACAGACAUAACUACAAAUAUUGCUAAUAUUUGCACCUCUGUUUGACCUCUAUUUUAUGACAAUUCAGGUGGAUGAUAGUUAGUGGUUCUACUUUAAGGAUAUCUAGUCUCUUAAUAUAAAAAUAUCCAGUCUGUUAAAAAUCAAAGCAGUAAGCCAUUCUUGUCAAAUAUAACUUGUAUUCAUAAGAGUGGUCUGCAAGUCUUCUGUCCAAAACAACAUUCGUAACAUGGUUUGUUGAAGUAAUUUCCUUGCUGUCAAACAUCUGUCUCAGAGCCUAACUGAAAAUGUUCAGGAUCAGUAACAUAAUUUAUUCAUCGUCACCUUAUUAACAUAGGGUAAACUCAUCUUUCUGUAUCCAUCUCUUUCUAGAAUUGCUCCCUCAGGUACCCACAUCAGAUUAGACUCUUACAUUUAGAGCUUGUCACUGAUCUUCAAUCACUCAGAUGUGAUUGCUCAAACAAGAGCUCUUCCCUAAGUUUCCUUUUCGCCAUCCUGGUACAAGGGACCACUGCCAUUGGUUCACUAUUAAAUACAUAGUCAUUUGACCCCAAGUCAGCCUUGUUUCCUUAUACUUGUUACCAGGAUACACAUAACUAAAUGUGAUGGGAGCUUUCUUACUUCGUUUUUAAGAGAGUUUCCAUCUGUUGUGGCAGAUCUCUGAAACUCUUUAAAUAUACAAACAUUAAUUUUAAAAGAAUGAAAGGGGGAUAGGUUUUCACAUAAACCAGACAAGAAUACUAUUCAUAUACCUUUUCUAAAGUAGCUAGCUAGAGUACCAUUAUAACAAUAAUAUAGUUAAGAAGUUAUUUUUAUUUGAAGCCCCUGUUUUCAGACCCAAAUAACUUUUUUGGAAAAAAUUAGUCUGAGCUUGACGUUUUUAUGCUUUUUCUCAUCUCAAAAGUGAGACGCUUCCCUUUUGUUUAGAAAAGCAGGUAAAAUUCUGUGCUUUGAGGUGGUAGUGCAUUUGGGGGAGGGGAUGGGCACAAAACAUUUCCACGCGUAGAAAAAGGUUUGACUUCUAUUUAAAUAUUUGCAUAACUCAAAUGGCUUUAUUUUUAAGACAUCAAAUCUUUAUGUAUAUAGUCAUAUGGAAUGUUUGCAAGUCUGAAAAAUUAGAGAAAUAAAGAUAAUGACUGAAAAAGUACUGUGUAUGCUCAAUAUGUCACUUAUUGAUUUAGGUGUGCACAAGUGUAUAAUCUUAAAUGCUUUCUUGUUAGAACAAUAAACUUGUGGGCACUAUAAAACCCAGGAAAUUUGAAUUUAGACAGUGGGGCCAUGAGAGGCUUUCAAAGCUGUGUAGCCAUUCUGAUGCAAAUUUAAAGGUGAGAUUUGACUUGUACUCCUCACACACACAUCUUAUUAAGAUGCUGACAGCAGAUCAGUAUAUAUGCUCUUCCUUCCAGAGAUUGGAAAAUUACAUGUGCUAUGAGACUGUAUUUUAAUUAAUUGUACAUGGACUAUCUCCUAUUCGAUAGUCAGCUGCUCCUUUCACACUUGUUCCUGAAUUUCCUUAACACUUUUGGUUCUUCCUCUUAUCUCCUGAGUAUUACUUCGGGACUUCUCCAGUAUUCCUUUGACGCCCUGUGGUUCCAUUCCUUGAUUCUUUUAUCAUCUGCCUCCAUAGCUUCUUUCUACAUGUUCUCAAUCAAUCACAUAGAUUCAGCUGUCACUUCUAUGCUGAUGAUUUCUAGAUAUACUUCUGUGCCCCUAACCUUUCAUUAUUUCUCCAGUCAAGCAUUGCUGCAUUUUUCUGAUAACUCCUCUUGGAUUGUCAGCUGUUUCCAGCUCAGUUUCUCCAAAAAUUAGCUUUUUCACUCAAGCCUUUGUUUCCAUUAUUGUUGACAAAACCACCAUUUUCCUGUCACCCUGUCUCUAGUCUUGAUGUGAUCUUUGACUUCUAACACUUUCUGCCCUACAUCUAGGCUCACAGACUUCUGCUGAGGCAAUUUUCCCUCCACCCUAUUAUUAAAAUAUUUAUUCUCCACUAUUGUAACUACCAUUUUUUGUGUAACUCUCCCCAUUUAUCCAAAACUCUACUAUUAAAAGCUUCCUCUUUGAUAGCUCUAACCACAUCUUCUUUUCCUCCUUCUCCAUCCCCUGUUGCUUCACUGGAUUCUUCUUGUAUUCCAGAACAAGUUUAGAUUUCUUUCCUUCAUAGCUUUGCACCAUCCUAUGCUUUAUUUCAUCCUAACCCUCUGUUGGUCUCUACGGAUCUUUUAUCUUUUCCUUCUUCAGUGUGCCCCAUACACUACUCGUAAAGGUAACCCGUAAAGGGAGAAUUGUACCCUUUGUUUCUUCUGAUAGAGUAUUUGAAAGUUUGUUGUCUUCCUUCUGCUUAUUUUAUACCUUUUUAGAAAUUUCGGAAUAUUGAAACAUUGGUUUUGGUGAGUUUUCUUGGGAGACCUGAGAACUAGAAUGGAGAGUUUUUCACAUGCUUAAUUGAGAGAAGGGGGUGUAGAAAAUUUGCCAUGGUCCAUCUAGCCCAGUGUCCUGUCUUCGAACAGUCGCCAAUGCCAGAUGCUUCAGAGGGAAAGAACAGAAAAGGGCAAUUAUCUAGUAAUCCAUCCUCUGCCGUCCAGUCCCAGCUUCUGGCAGUCAGAGAUUUUAGCGAUGCAUCUGGUUACAUCUCUGACCAUCUUGGCUAAUAGCCAUUGAUGGACCUAUUCUCCGUGAACAUAUCUAAUUUGUUUUUUAUCCCAUGGUAUUCAUGAUAUCCCAUGGCGACGAGUUCCACAGGUUGACCAUGCGUUGUGUAAAGAUUUUUUUUACAUUUGUUUUAAACCCGCUACCUAUUAAUUUCAUACAGUAGAACCUCGGAGUUAUGGACACCUCGGAAAUGGAGGUUGAUCGUAACUCUGAACAAGACAUUAUGGAUGCUCCUCAGGGCAGACUGCUCAGAGCGGGGGCUCACAUCUGAGUCCGCAAACUUCAGGUUCUUCACUUCCUACCUUUAAAGGGGCUACCCCGUGCAAUGGGGUGGGGACAGGCAGCUGGUUCUAGCCCCCUGGCUGCAAGGGUGAUGAGUGAGGCACACUGUGGAACUGUGGGCACGGGGUGCAGGCUGUGGCCUUUUAAAAAUGAGCUGCUCCUCCAGAGCACAGUGUGCAAGCGGGAGCUUGAGCAUGGGCUCCAGCAACAAACACUCCCAGGCAGGUUCCAGCAGGAGCUCAGUAAGUUUCUUUCCUAGGCUCAGACUGAGCAUGCAAGCUUGUCCCUCUAGGAGGACAGGGGAGAGGACUUCGUCCAUGGCUUACAGGAAAGCAGCGCAAACCCCAGAGCUGCUCCUGCCAGCUGUGCCCUGUGUGGCGAUUUGGGGGUGGGGACAGGCAGCCCAGAUGUGCCUACCUUUAAGAUGCAAUACAGGCACAGUACAGUAUUUCCUGGUUUGUUUGGUUUUGGUCUCCACUGCUGCCUGAUUACUUCCAUUUCAGAUGGUGUCCAGUUGACCAGUAACUCUGGUGUUUGUAUCUUUGAAGUUCUACUGUAGUUUCUGUGUUAUGUGAAGGGGAAAAUAAUACUUCCCUAUUCACUUUCUGCACACCAAUCAUGAUUUUACUGACCUUUUUCAUAUCCCCCCUUAGUUUUCUCUUUUCUAAGCUGAUCAGUCCCAGUAUUUUUAACCUUCUUGAAUUUCUAUCUCAAAACUUUUUCCUGUUAGGACUACCCUUGCUCUACUUCCAUGUACUCUUGAUCCUAUUCUCCCAAAUGAUGAUAAAAUAACACAUCUAAGGAGAAAAUCCUUGGCACUAAUGAGACCUACAUAACAUGCCUGUUUUGAAUUAUUGUCCUUCCUGUCCCCAUCAUCUGUUGUAAUAACUCUUGUUAUGUUACCUCUAACUUAGAAGAUGAGCUCCUGAGGCCAGCUAAUAUGUUCUACUUCUUGUGAAGUGUCAGUCAUACAUACAUAAAUGAUAAAAUGAGGGUGAAGUUAAGUGGUUUUCAUUGAGAAAUGCCCCUACUCACACUCCAUUGCUUCAUUCAUGAGAGGGUGAAUUAGGAAAUAGUGGACAACCUGUUUUUAAAACAGGACACACUAAAUCUGUUCCGAUGUAUUUAUUUAAACCAUUCUUCUGUGCAAAGCAGGAAAAAUCCUGUGCUAGCAGUAGGUUUUUCCCUUCAAGGAGGAAGAUUCAUUUAAACUUUAACUCAGAAAAUCAUGGGCUUAAAGAAUCUAAACAGUUGAGAUACUGACCGAAAGCCUCAAAGAAUCCAAGUAGCUGUCAUGUCAUAGAGCUACAUCUUGUGGUGUGGAAGAUACUCUGUCCCCAGGUGGCUUAAGAACUAGAAGCCUUACCUUCAAUAUAUUACCUUUUUGGUACCACCCUGGGGUCAGAUUCAGUGCUGUUAAUUGACUUGUUCACCCCUCCAAAUAAACCCUUCACAUUUUUCAAUUUUAAAUCCCCAGAAUUCUAUGCAAUUUACUUUACCAACAUAGCGUUUACAGUUUUUUUUAAUGGGAAAAUCUGGAUUCAGAGACACUGAGCUUUUCCACAGUACCUGUAUUAAAUUGGCACACCUUUUCUGUGCCUGCUUUGCAAAACUUUUCAAUAUUGUAACACAUCUGCACAAGGCUAAAACAUAUUUUUGUAGAUUAACCCCUUACUGUUUUGAAGGUGCCAGAAGUAGGUUCAGUAAAGAAUGCUUUGAGUAAGAAUUUAACUGCAAACUAAACAAUUUUCCAAAAUUCCGUUUGCCCAAAGCAAGUAAUUUUUUACAUUUUUUUAACUUGGAAGUAAAAUAUCAAACUUUUCAUUUUCAUCAGUCAUAUUGCAAUAGAGCAGCUGAAUAGAUUUUUCUACCUUUGUUGUUGAAUUUUGCGACAAUUUUGCAAGCUGGGUGAGAAGAAUGGAAACAAUGGCUGUUUGGCAAUGGUAUUUUCUUUUCCUCCUACCCUUAAAAAUGUGUGCCUCGUUACACAGAGAUUUAAAAGUUAAAGCUUUUAAAAUGCAUUUUAAUCCCUUAUGAGAAUAUAUUGAACUAUAAGGAUAAACAGUGUAUUACCUUCUAAAAGCUUGGCCUGUAAGAUAACUUUAUUUUUAAUCUAAACACAUUUUUCACAAACACACUAAAAAGGUUACCACUCUGCAUCUGUUCUGGUAUGGAAUCAUGUUGCAUGUCAUGCACUACUUAAGCUCUUUGGAAUGCUGUGGAAAUAGUAAAUGCAACUGGAUUACGUUCACGGCAUGGUUUAGGUGCUGUUAUCUAGCAAAACUGGAUUUCAGUGAAUCUGUGCACACACACACACAUCUAAUGUUGAAGGUGUAAGCCCUUAUGUAUAUCUAUAUAAAUAACUUCAAAAAUACAAAAUGUGGGUUUGGACCAUUUCAGGUUAGAGCCCACUGCUUAUGCUGCAACAACAGUUUUUAAUGAUGAAAAUGCUUAAGGGAUGGUUGUUAGGUUGAUAGACCACAACUGACCUAUUGUGCCAGUGAACUUAUAUAAUAGUUAUAUAUUACAUAUGUAACUUGUUUAAUAUAGUUUUCCAAAAUAAUUGAAAGAAGGAUUACUUGACAAAUGUGGACUUGGAGGAAGCUGAAGCUGUUUUGAACCUUAUAAUAAACUGCUGUAUAUGAACUAUAUGUCAGUACUGGUGUCUCAGAGAAAUUGCCUUGUCAUUCUAUUUAUUAGUACUGUUUAUAUUACUGUAGUGUCUAGGAGCCUGAAUCUGGGGUUUUCAUAGUUUUUCUUUCCCAUGUUCACCCAAUUUUCAGUAGACAGAGGGAUCUGGGGGGUUUAUUGUUUGUUUUUAAUUUUUCCACUCUAAUGCCAUCUCAGCAUGAAUACGUAGGGUAAAGUAUGCCCCUUUUUCACAUAGGUGACCACAGAAGUGCUCAUAUUCAGCCCUUCUUGGUUAUUACUUUGGGUGCUUUAGAAAUGUGUGCAGAGGUAGCAAUAAAUAGGACACUAUCAUGUACAGGGGAGUCCAGCAGGAAGUUUUUGAACAUCAGUGACCAAAAUCUCAUUAAACUACCUUUUUAAAUUUACUUAAUAUAUUUAUGUGUAAAUAACAUUCUCCCUUGUAGUCAGACAGCAGUUCCUGUCUGAUCCAUUUAGUGAUGCAACAGUCCAAUAUUUGCUCUUGAUUAAUUAAAAAUACAGAUUAAAUCUACUGUUGUCAAUAGGGUGACCAGAUGUCCCGAUUUUAUAGGGACAGUCCCGAUAUUUGGGGUUUUUUCUUAUGUAGGUUCCUGUUACCGCCCCCCCAUCUCCUGUCCCAAUUUUUCACACUUUCUAUCUGGUCACCCUAGUUGUCCAUAAACAGAUCUCUGUAACUAACUGGUAAAUUCAGUGCAGCAGAAAGCUGAGGUUAAAAUUUUCAAUAAGUGCAUAGGUGAGCAUGCAGUAGAAUGCUUCUAUGAAAAUAAUUGCUGUAUGUUAGGCAAUUAGUCCAGUUAAAAAUAAAUACUGUUGCGCAUCUAACAACUUUUGUGUGUCCAAUUCCACAAACAAACUCUCCAAUUUUCAAACUAUUUAAAAAUAUAUUUUGGCCUUUCAGAACACUAAUCAAUAUACUCUUUUCACGUACAAGUCCCCUCUUUUUUCAGCAUCCUUAUUUGCACUAUAUAAAUAGCUUUAGCCAGCUCAUUCCUGUUGUACAGAUAAACAAUGGCCUUUAUAAACAAAAUGAAAAUUCGUAGCCGAAGAAAUCCAAUUUUUCUAAUGCUGAGGUCAGUGUUGGUUACAUUAAAAUGUGAAAAGAAAUACAAAUCACAUUUUAACUCCCUACAAAUGUUUUGUUGUUUACUAGUCUUUACCUCUGAAAUGCUUACUGUACUCAAAAGUUUAAAAAAAAAAAAAAAAGACACUACCCCUGUGACUGCCUACAAAGGAUAUUGUCUUUUGUUGUUUCCAAAUUUAUGAUGACAACCAGAUUUUUGUGACUUCUGUGAGCACAUACUUGGCAUAAUUUGAAUUUUGGUGUCUCAGUCUUUUUUUCUCCUCCUUUUCCAAAAUAAAUUAUAGUAGCCAGAUACUUAUCAACUUUUUAUUGCAUCAUAUAAGGCACAUUUAUUAGAAUCUAGGUGAUUUUUUUUUUUGCCAUUUUAUUAUGGUAGCAAUGACUAUAUUUAAGGUUGAAAUGCAACUUUCUUUAAACCCCCUACUUAAGUUGCUUAUAACUUACUCAAACCAAUUAAUUGGGGACUGGAAAUUUUUCUGUACUUGAUCUUUACCAAAAAGGGAGUGUUUUGGAAAGUUUCAGUAAAAUUCAUUGAGAUAUUUAUUAGUUCUUUAUGUGUAAAAUAUAUACUUUCCCUAUAUGUUCUGAGCAGAGGUUUUGCACAUACAUAGAGCCUGGAUCAAUUUCCUUCAAGAUUGCUUUGUUUUGUGGCUGUUAAUGAGAUAUAAGGAGCACACUGAGUUUGAAGGAAAUUGGUUCAGUAGUUUUGAAGUCGUGAUAAUUGAAAGCAUUUUCACACACAAAAACUAUGUUUUAAGUUUCUGUGCUCGAUCUGUUAUCUAGGACAUUACGGUGUAUGUGAACAGUAGAGUUUGGCCUUUUUUCUGCUCCAUCUCUAUUGGCUUUGAAUAUUGGAAGCACUGUGAAGCACUUUAGAGUAAUUUCCUGGACUUUAAAAGUUUAAACCUUACAAUCACUUUCCGAAGUUUCCAGUGUGGUUGUGACGCCCUGGAGAUCGCAUGAAUUAAAGUAAUGAAUACAGUGUUGCAAGGCUGAUCUCCUUCGUUCUGUUCUCAGCUCUGCCACUACAAAACUUUAGAGGACACCAUCAACUUAAAAACUACAAUAAAAAGUAACGACUUAUUUUGGGCUUUGAGAUAGUGCUGUCAAAUGCACAUUGUGGAUAGUUUGUUUCUUCUUUUGUUUGUGUGGAUAUUCAGUACAGCAACAGGGGGAGAAAAACAUUUUUUGAAAUAGGAAAAUAAUAUUAGACCAGUAAAAAUUAGCAGGGAAUACCCAGGGUCAUGUUUUGUAACUGAAACUUAACUCAUUUUGAAACUGAUUGCAUUUUAGAAACUGACCACAUUUUUAAGUAGCACAAUGGAGCCCCAACCUCCUUUAAGUGCUACUGCAAUGUAAAUGUUAAAUAAUAAGAAUAAAGUGACAGUAUAUCUUUAAUACUUUACUCUUAGUACUUUACACACAUUUAAGUGAGCUUUGUAACACUUUUAGGAAGUAGGUAACUAUUACUACACCCAUUUUACAGAUUGUAAAAUUAUUGCUCAGAAAGAUUAAGGAUUUGUCUAGAUAAGGGAAGUUUACACCAGUAUAAUUAGCAAGUUUCCUUAAUUGAGACAAGCCCUCCAUUGAUCAAGGUCACAUGGAAAAUUAAUAUUAGAACCAGGUUUGUCAUCUGUGUCUAAUUGCUAGGCCCAUGUAUAUUGCAUUAGAUGAACCUUGCCUUCCAGCCCGGUCCUUGAACUUCCCUAUGCCCUAAACAUGAAAAAUGUCUAAUAAAAAUGCUUUGCAGUUAUAUAGUGUAUUUUCAUCUGUAGCUCACAAAGCUCCUUGCAGAGAGCGUACCAUGUUACAGAUUGUGAGAGAAAAAUAACUCACUUGCCUGAUUUCACACAAUAGAUCCAGGCUUACAGGCAAUGGCCUAGCCAAUCCCACUACAGUGCCAUUCAGGCAGAUCAGUCAGGUUUUUUUCCUAGUGUAUAAUAUCACCUUUGGGCAUGGGGAAGGGCUUAUAAAUCUUCCCCUGAGUAUAUGGGAGCCAGUAAACUUAUAUGCUGCUGCCCAAACAGUUAGCCACAGAGCCCCUCUAUCUCCUGACCUCAAGCCCGGGGGACACAGUGCAACAAUCCUUAAAGAGGACAAGUUUUUUCUUUCCUUUGCUGGCCCAAAUUCCAUCCCACAGAAUUUUGUGCCUAUUUACCUUUCUGUAAAACAGACUACACUUAUAUCUGACUUUUCCUCUGUAGAUUUUAAAACACUUGACAAAGCUAGAUAAAUGUGAGUGGCCCUAUUCUACAGAUCAGUAAGCAUCAGAUACAGAGAUCUGUGGUUUAGUAGAUUUGCUACCUUAGAUAAAUAUAUUCUGUUUCCUGCCCCAAACUUCCUGUGUAAGUUUUAACAAACAUGUAACUAUCAUGAGCUUCCAUAUUAGAAUCAUUUAGAAUUACUCCUUGAUGGGUUCAGGGGAUACAGUUAAAUUUAUAAAUCACUGAGACCCAGGUGCAUAUGCAGUACACAGUUAGCAUUUUGGCAACAUGCUAACAAUGCAUGCACAAUGGUUGAUUUUCAAAGGCUUAUAACUCACCCAAAUUAAAAUAUUUUCACCAAAACACUAUUAGACAUCCCUUCCACCUACAGGCGCUUUCCCUCCCAAAUUUCAUCGUCCUAAAUCAGCUCAUCUCAGUACAAGUGUGGUUUUACAGCUAUAUACAAAUUUUUAACCGUAACCAUUCCAUUUUGAAGAUUUUUUUUUUAAUGUGCAAAGGACUAAUUUUUAACUUGUAACUUCAGAACCAUUUCAUUUAAUUACUUGAAAUUUAUGGACAAAACCCCAUUCAAUACUAACAGUGAUCACAAAAACUAUCACUAGAAAAUAUUUUUCUUGUGCUUUGUUAGAAGAUCAGUGAAGAUUGGUCUUAUAAUGGAAACCUGCAGACUUAGUUAUGGAGGGCCAGCAGUCUCUCCAUAUAAUUUGUGUAGCUGUGCUCAAUAAUGGAAGAAUCUUUGUGCUCUGAAAAAUGCUAAUUCUAUAUUCUGACUCACCUAAAUAAUACUCUACUUAUGUUCUUUCAACAUCGUAGGCACCUUUCCCUAUUACGAAGGGUCAUGGUGGAUUCUUUGUCAUUGGCAACUUUUACAUCAAGAUUGGAUGUUUUUCUAAAAGAUAUAGUCUAGGAAUUAAAUUGGGGAAGUUAUGUGUCCUGUGUUAUACAGGAGAUCAGACUAGAUCAGGGGUUCUCAAACUUCAUUGCACUGGGACCCUCCUUCUGACAAUAAAGUUACUACAUGAACGGGGGGGAAACGGGGGGUGUCGGAGCCCAAGCCCUGCCGCCCUGUUUGGGGGGGGUGGAGGGAAAGGGCCUCAGGCCACGCCCUGCCACCCCAGGUGGGCGGAGAGGGGGCUGCAGCUCAAGCCCCAUUGCCCCAGGUGGGGGUGGAGCUCAGUCUUCAGCCUCAGCCCUGGAUCCCAGUAAGUCUAAUGCUGGCCCUGGUGACCCCAUUAAAACUGGGUCACGACCCACUUUGGGGUCACAACCCACAGUUUGAGAACUGCUGGACUAGAUGAUGACAGUGGUCCCCUCUGGCUGUGGAAUCUAUGAAUUUCCCCCAUCCACCCCCAAUAGUAAUUUAUUAACGUUAUUUCAAAUGUGUAAUAUUGAAACAAAACAAAAGAAAUGUUUCAGUAGUCAUGCUAGACAAUAGUAUUUAUUUUGGAUUUAUUUAAAUCGAAAUAUCUCCUUCUGGUGAAAUAAGGCAGAUUUUCAAAGAGUUCAGUUUCUGUUUCGGCACCUUAAUAAAGUAGCCAGCUAAGCACUUAGAAAAUGUGACCACUUCACUUAGAUGCCCAACUAGGACUAGGUUCUGAAUUUUUUUUUUUGGAAAUCUAGCCCUUGACAUGUCAAGCAAGUAGCUGUAUGAUCCACCAGGGAGACCAGGAUGCUAUUUACAUCUUUCUGUUUGGAGUGAUAUGGGAGCAGCAGAGUCUGAUCUUUAUAAGACAUUAAAUGUAGCUUGAAAUUUAUCUCGAGACCAAAAAGAGCAGUAUUUUUUUGUGCAUUUGUUGAGGAAAGCUUACUCCGAAGAAGAAGAAACUUUAUUACAGAAGUAGCUGUUUUAUAUGAAACUUCAGAUGGCGGACUUUGACACCAGUUGGACAGCCUAUACCAGGAACGAGAUUCAUUGCUUUCAAAGUGCCUUUAAAAGGGGCAAUUAACCAGAGACUUACUCCAACCCAGAAAUUUACACCCAAAGACCUGAUUGCUGCAAUGAAAGCCCUAAAUGUGGAACUUGGAUUAAUUAUUGAUUUAACAUACACCACACGGUAUUAUGAAGUUAAGGAUUUACCUAAAAGUGUGCAGUAUAAGAAACUGUAUACUGUUGGACUUGAAGUCCCCGAUAAUGCUACUAUUCUACAAUUCAAAAAAUGGGUCAGAAAGUUCCUUUGGGAAAAUGCAGGAAAUGAUAAACUCAUUGGCGUUCAUUGUACCAAUGGAAUUAAUAGAACUGGCUACCUUAUAUGUAGAUACCUUAUUGAUGUUGAAGGUUGGGAUCCAGAGACAGCAAUUCAAGCUUUUGGUGAUGCUAGAGGUCAUCGUAUGGAUGGUCUUGUAUAUCUAACAGAUCUCAGAACUCAACCAAUGAGAAGUAAUCUUGGAAUGGAUGUAUGGGAUCCUGAUGAAGAUAUUAUACCCCCACCAAAUGUGAUGGAAGGACCUGUAGAUAGGUUCCCAAAUGAAGAUUUUCCUGGGCCAGGGAAAAGAUUAAGAAUUUAUGAUGAUGACCACUCUCACAAUGAUUUACAAGGACAGAUACAGUUGAGAGAUUUUGAUUUCAUUAACAAGGGACCUGGACAAAGACGAAGACCAUUUCAUGACCACCAAUCUCAGGAUGAUUUACAAGCGCCAAUGCAAAUGAGAGAUUGGGACUACAACAGGGGACCUGGACAAAGGCGAAGACCUUUUCCUGACCACCAGUUUUAUGAUGACUAUCAAGAAGACAUGCAGCUGAAAGAUCUAGAUUUCAGUAACAAAGGGCCUGGACAAAGACUGAGACCUUUUCAUGGCCACCAGUUUAAUGAUGACUUACAGGGAGACAUGCAGUCAAGAGACUUUGAGUAUGUUAAUAGAGGCCGUGGACAAAGGCAGAGACCCUUUCCUGAUCACCCAUCUCACAGUGACUUACAGGAUGACAUGCAGCUUGAAGAUUUUGACUUUGUUAACAGAGGCCGUGGGCAGAGGCGAAGACUUUUCCAUGACCACCAGUCUCAUGAUGAAUUUCAGGCACAGAUGCAAUUAAAGGAUUUAGAUUUCAUUAACAAGGGGCCCGGGCAAAGGCUGAGACCUUUUCACGACUACCAAACACAUGAUGACUUACAACCCCAGAUGCAGUUGGGAGAUUUUGAAUUUGUUAAUAGGGGCCGUGGGCAUAGGCUGAGACCUUUUCAUGACCAUCAGCCUCACAAUGAUUUACAAACAGAGAUGCAAUUGAAAGAUUUUGAUAAUAGGGGUCCUGGACAAAGGCGCAGACCUUUUCAUGACAAUCAAGCUUAUGAUGACUUACAGGAACAGACACAGUUGAAAGAUUUUGAUUUUGUUAAUAAGGGGCAUGGACAAAGACUGCAACCUUUUCAUGACCAUGACGACUUGCCACGUGAAUGGUGUUCAGACAGAAAUCGGUCAUUUUCCUCCCAUGAAAAUUUACCAGAACCUCACUUUUCUUCUUCUCCUUCACGUCACAGAGAUUACGGAUCUGAUAAUGAUGAUUUCAGUAGAAGUUACAGUAAUCGGCCUAGCUGUCCUGAAGAUAAUAGGAGAACACGUCCUUCAGAUGAAUUUAACAGAGGGGGAAAAAACAGAUUUGCACCAUAUUCUUCACGCACAAUGCAUCUGUCCUCAUCCAUACACCAGGAAGAUGAUUCAACUGAUUAUGAAAGGAAACCUUUUCAAGGUGAAUUUACAAGAGAUAUGGAGCAAGGCAAAAGAUUACCCAUUGUAACAGUUGAUUACAAUUAUGGUUUGCCACUAGAUUACAGACCUGAAGAGGAAGAGAGAACACAUUAUGAUUUACCUCCAAGAGAACGCUACAAUUGGAACUGAAUAAAAAGAAAGCAUUUGCUCUGAUUAAACCUGUAUUUACCCAUUUUACUUUGUAUGUGGACCAAUUUUUUUUACGAAUUAGAAAAUUCAAGUUUCAAUGUUAAGAGAACUUGUCUCUACUGUAAGACUAGUUUCUACUGAUGUGUGGUUCUUUACAUUUAUGAAAUAGUGUGUGUUAAGUAUAUUUGGAGACAAAUCCUCAACACAGGUGAAAUUAAAAUAGUCCUUGUUUCUAGUGAAAUUGGAACCCUAUAUCCUAAAGCAAACAGCUGACUGAUAGUGGUUGUGUUUUUGUUUAACUUUCUUUAAAUGCAAAUAAUUUCAGGAUGCAAAACUUGUAAUAAAAGCUAAAAAACUGCAACAUAAACUAGACUAGCAUUUGAAAUUAUAGAAAACCUACUAUGAAAAUUAAUAAAGCAGAAAAUAAUGUCAACUUGA